AAGCAAAUGUUGUUGAAAAUUAUAUUUAUUACUGAACUUCAGAAGUCUAGGAAUAGAAAUAGAAGUGUUGUCAUCUUGGAAGUGCUCACUCAGUCCAGCUUAUUUAGAAAUAUGAAUCCAGAGAAGUUAAGUAAGCUCCAAGCUCAGGUUCGGAUUGGGGGAAAAGGUACUGCAAGGAGGAAGAAAAAAGUUAUUCAUCGUACAGCCACAACAGACGAUAAAAAGUUACAGGGUUCACUGAAGAAGUUGGGUGUUAACAACAUCCCUGGAAUAGAAGAAGUUAACAUGUUUAAGAAUGAUGGCACAGUAAUUCACUUCAACAACCCUAAAGUACAAGCCUCUUUGACAGCCAACACGUUUGCCAUUAAUGGACAUUCUGAAACAAAACGUAGGUUCUUUAAGUGA